UGGCAACGGGGGCGGGCUAUUCCAAGAGAAAAUCCAAGCCGGGGACCCGACUGGCAGGUUCCGGUGCUGGCAAGACCUUCAUUCCUUCCAGCCGUUUAGUGAUGACUUAGCUGUUCCUCCUGUGUCUGCGGGGAAGUGAUGAACGGACCCAGUCCCCGAGUCGCACCCAGUCCAGACUGCGUUCCCCUUGUGCGCCCCAGCCCCACACCCAGCCUGCCGUGCUCUUGCCCGGUGCCUGUGCUUCCUUGCACAGCAGCCUGGAAGGCAGCCUUGAGCUCCCGUGUGCCCCUGCUGGCCUUCAGCUCGCGGCAUCGACAUCUUCUUCCGUGUGACUCCUCCGGGGCAUGGCCUCGGGACACUCAGUGCUGACAGCACGGACUCGCGGCCGGUGGAACGUAUCCUGGUCACGGCCGUGUCUCCCUUUGCUCUGCGCUCUCUGCUUCUCUCCUCCCGAAUCGAUAGUUGUGCUGGGUACGAGGAGGGAUGGGGAGCAGCGGGAGCCGGUCGGCGCAGAAGUUUUGCUCACGGUUCCUUCCUGAGGAGCAGGCGGAGAUUGAUAGACUGUUCGAUGCUCUGUCCUCGGAGGCACCCAGCUCCGACGCCUCGACCCGAUGCUUCUCUCUGAAGGCGCUGAAGAGCCACGUUGGGGAAGCUCUUCCCCCGGCGAUGGUCACCAGACUAUAUGAUGGUAUGCGGGGCGUCGACCUGACGGGGAAGGCCAAGGGGCCCAGUGACAGUGUCUCCCAGGAGCAGUUCAUGGUGUCCAUGUCCCACUUGUUGAAGGGAAACUCUGAGGAGAAGAGUCUUGUGAUCCUGAAAAUGAUUUCUGCCACAGAAGGUCCUGUGAAAGCAAGAGAAGUCCAGAAGUUUACAGAGGAUCUGGUUGGCUCUGUGGUGCAUGUGCUCAACUACAGACAGGAGCUGAGAGGCUGGACCCAGAAGAGAGGCUCAGGCCCCCCCGCCAGGGUGCAGGAGCUGGCUGCCCAGCUCUUCUCUGAGAUGGACCUUCAAGGCAUUACGACUAUACAUUUCCCUCUAAGCACUGCUUUAGCUGCAUCCCGUGGUGAGAAGCUUCCAGGGCCUCAGCAGCUGGACUGUGAGUGUGACCGAGCCACGAUCGAGGCCUGGGUGUUCAGGGCCCCCCACGUGGCCACGUUCCUGAGCGUGGUCAUCCACAGAGGCUUCCUCCUCCUGCACUCCUCCCUCGAUCUGGCCACCCUGGUCCCCGAGCGUCACGUUGAGCAGGAGAGGGAGUUCGAGAGCGUCCUGGACGUCCUGUCAGUCAUCUACGUCAACUCCCACCUGCGCCGGGAGCAGCGGGGCCGCUGGCGUCUGCUCUUCUCGUCAGAGCUCCACGGGCACAGCUUUGCCCAGCUCUGCGGCCGCAUCACCCACCGGGGCCCCUGCGUGCUGCUGCUGGAGGACCACGACGGCCAGGUGUUCGGCGGGUUUGCCUCCUGCUCCUGGGAGGUCAAGCCUCAGUUUCAAGGGGAUGACACGUGCUUCCUGUUCUCCAUCUCCCCCCACAUGGCCGUGUACACGUCCACGGGUUACAACGACCACUACAUGUACCUGAAUCACGGGCAGCAGACUAUCCCGAACGGACUGGGCAUGGGAGGACAGCACAAUUACUUCGGGCUGUGGAUCGAUGUGGAUUUCGGGAAAGGACACAGCAAGGCCCAGCCCAAGUGCACCACGUACAACAGCCCUCAGCUGUCGGCCCAGGAGGACUUCGGCUUUGAGAAGAUGGAGGUGUGGGCAGUGGGGGACGCCUCGGGGUUGCAGCAGGCCAAGAGUGGCAAGAGCAUCCUGGACAUGGACCCCGAGGCCCAGGCCCUGCUGGAAAUCAGCGGGCGGAGUUGCCACAGCGAAGGGCUCCGGGACAUCCCGGAGGAUCAGUGAGGAGGUGCCCCCGAGCUCGGGCCUCCCUAGAGCUGGAUCCUGGCCCCCAUCACACGGUUCAACACAGGGCCACACUGGGCACGUCCACGUGGUCGGGGACGUGCUUUAUCGGAACACAGUAAGAUUCCUUUGAUGCUACGUAUGGAUCGGCGGGCACGUCUCCCAGGAAUCCUGAGUGUCUGUUAGCAACUUAAUCCUUAUCUUCUGUUCCUUUCUCGCCAAUGAAACCCGAAGACACGGACGCUGGAGACCUCUGCCCGAGUUAGCCUCGGAUGGGCAUGGGCACCCCUGCCGUGCAGGGCGGGGCUCUGCCUGCUGGGGUCACCUGGCCCCCCGCUCAAGCCGCUGCAGUUAAAAACGUGCCUCAUGUUCCACUCUCGCUGGUAAAGGGCAGAGGCACUGGGACGUGAGUCUCAGUGCCUUCUGGGAGUAGCUCUUCCUAUGACCUGAAAUUUCUGUAUUUACAAAAAAGCCUAAACAGCGAGAGAGCAGGUGUCCCCGUCAGUGGGGGUGGGGGGGGUAGGGGGGUCCUCCAUAGAGGUUUGUAAUAAGGUUCCACCCCCCCUUCUCAGCUGCUUUUAAAUGAGUCUGUGCCACAGUCUACAGAGGUUCCAGAUGGUUCUGUUACUGAUUUAAACAUGGGGAAGUUGGAAGCUCUGAGACGCCCCGUGGCAUGAAUUAGUGGUGAGUAACCUGACCUCCUGGCCUGGGUUCCCAGCCCUGGUACCACCUCUUCAGUGUCACCCUCCGGCCCUGUGGCCCCCAAAGGGCUGACGGGUCAUUUGACAGCAGGGACUCACACGGACUCGAGUGAUCCCGGCGUGCUGACCCAUGAUCUGGGUGAGUCUGACCUGCUGUGAGAAGUCCGUCCUUCACGGGCAGAGCUGUGGGCUCCGCUCGGAGACCUACACCUCCUUCUUGGGUCUUUCGCUGUGCACCUGGACCUUCUGCAGAUGUGAUGAAAAUGGGACCUUUACUGCAGAACUUGCCUGCUUCUAAGGCCUAGGAAGCCGAGCUGUGUGCACUUUGCAGGUGCUGUAUUUUCUCCCAGGAGGCUCCCCAAAUUGUGCACUUAGCCGUGCCCCUGACGGAGCAGAAAGCCUUGCAAAUGAGCUUCCCAAAGAAAAGUGUGCGCCCAGACAGUACGCAGGGAGGCAGCGGCCUGACAUGACAGGCGUAGUCGUGAUUGAUUUUCCUCGUGAAAAGCCAGUUUCUAAUAAGCUGCUCGGGGACAUUGUGAAUCUCCCCACUCGAUGGGCUAGCAGAUAGGGGAGGUGAGGCUCCUCAGAUCCUUGCCAUAAAUCCAAAGAACCGGGUCGGUCCUGCACCCUCCAUCUGUUCUGGAUUUCUUUUUAUACAAAAGCAACGCAGUACCUCACUAGUAACAGGCCUGCUGGGAUCUGUAGCUUAAGUGCCGGUGCUGCUGCCUCUGCCGGUGGCUGAGAGAGGCUUGGGUUCGUUGGUGAGCGCGCUCUGGCUCUGCCUCGUGCUCUUUGUCAUCAGAGGGCAGGUGACAAGUGGGGACCCGUUUCCCAGGACGGCUUGCUCACACAGGGAAAGGCAGGUGCCCAGUCCAGGCGCGUGGUCCCUGGGGGGGUGCAGCCCGCCGGUGGGCUUCUCUCGCUGUGAGGUUCUCCCCCCACCCACCUGUCGAGGGUGGCGCCGCGGCCAGGGUCACCGGACCUGGCCCCUCCCUCCGCCCAGGCCUGGGAGACACUCAGUGCUGGUUUUAACAGUGAAGAGGUGGUUUUUUCAGCAACAGAAGAAUUGAGGGCCUGUGGUUUCCCUGUAAGUGAGGACCAGUGAGGGCCCCCAGAAGGUGUUGGAAGAGGUGAAAGGAUGGGGUUCAUGGUGCAGAUGUGACUGUCAUUACUCCCCACCCCCCGCCAUGUUUUAUUAAAACAAUGACCACAGGUGGACAAGGUAAAAAAGGUUGAACUAUGAAGGAUGUAACUUGAGAGAGAAAUCUUCCUCCCCAAAAGGCUGUUUU